AUGUCCACGCCUGCUCCGCCUGCAAAGGUUCACAAACGGGCUUAUCAGGCCUGUAUUCCGUGUCGAGAACGUCGAGUCCGAUGUGACCUUGGAUCCGUCGACCACCCGCACCAGGGCCCUUGCGGAAGAUGUCGACGCGAGCGCAAAUACUGCCACUUCUCUGCCACCCGCGGCAAGAAGAAAUCCAUCGCUACCAGUGCUACGUCGCCGUCCGAUUCCACCAUCCACCCCGUCGCGCGACUCGGCUCGUUUGACGGCCCUCCCGUAACUAUGCCGCCGCUAAACUUUACUGAGCAUGCUUCUGCGACGAAUGCUGGCCGCCCGCCCGCUGUUAAAACAGAUCUUCCGUUUAAUCACUUAACAUCUGCCGAUGCGCCGCUGUCAAGUUCCUCGGGAGGUGACAAGACUGCUGCAACCCUGCUUCGAGAUGCCGCCUACACCUCACAUGAUGCCUUAAGUCUGCUUUGGGAAGCUGGCCGCCAUAGCGAGAAGGUCGUCUCGCACCAAGAAUCCGCCCCGUUAAGGUUAAGAGCAUCUGCCGACGUCCGAAGCCGCCCGUCCGCUCCACCAAGCAAUCAUGGAAGCACUGCUAGUAUUGCCCUGCAGCCCUGGUCCAACUUGAGGUUUGUCCGCACAGGUCUCUUUACGGCUGAAGAGGCCUUGGAUUUAGUCAACUAUUUCCAUCGAUACUUGGCCCCCUUCACUCCCAUUUCCUCCACAGCCUAUCAAGACCCGUCAAUGCAUUCAAAACUUUUGGAAGAGGAGCCCAUUCUUGCUGUCACCAUCUUAAUGUUGGCGUCUAGAUAUAUGAAAUUCUCAGGCGCCGGUGCAGUGUCACGCGCGUACAUGAUUCAUGAGCGGCUUUGGCUUCACUUGCAGGGUAUGAUUUCUAGAAUGAUUUUUGGACAAGAACAGUUUAGCGGUGCAACUCAUGACAAUGGAACUGCCACGGAAACUAUGAACACCCAGUCAUCAGAAUCUGCACUCGCUGGCUCUAGCUUCGGAAGCCUACGAACUCUCGGAACUUGUGAAGCAUUGCUCCUAUUAUCGGAAUGGCAUCCACGCUCGCUCCAUGUCCCCGCUGGUGAUGACGGAGAUAGCAUUAUCGUAAAGGAUGAUGUUCGCCGAACCAGAGCUAGCACGGCAGGAAUUGGCGGCCGUAUCCGCAUCGAUUGGCUGGAACCGGUGUGGAGGUCCGAUCGGAUGUGCUGGUCAAUGCUGGGAAAUGCCCUGGCGUUGGCCGUGGAGCUUGGUAUAUUUGACGAGUAUGACAAUACGACAAUUGGUGCUCGAGAGUCACGACGGGAUAUAUGGAGCCAUCCGCAAUCAAGCCAGCGAGCAUAUUUGGUUCAACAUUUACUCUGGGUCUAUUUGACACAAACCUCAGGCAGACUAGGUGGGUUCGACUAUUAUAUGACUACUACGAACUCUGACCAACGACUUAGGCUGGAAAAAUUUAACUAA